UAUUUCUCCUAUCUGCUCAUGCUUUAAAAGUGUGUGAGAUUGAAAACAGCAUCAUUUGCAAGGUUUAGAAAAAACUUUUUCUCAUUAAAUUGUCUUUCAAAUUUUAGGUUUCACUGCCUCAAGGUUCUCAAGGAAUUGCCCAUCAAACUUAUCAACAACCUGUUAUGUUCCCUAAUCAGUCUAAUCAAGGAACUAUGCCCACAACAGGAAUGCCAGUUUACUACAGUGUCAUUCCACCUGGCCAACAAAACAAUUUAAGCCCUUCAGUCAGUUUCUUGCAACAUCCAGGAUCAGAACAAGUACAGUUUCCUCAAACUACAUCUCCAUGCAGUUCUCAGCAGCUUCAAGCCCACCAGUGUGCAGCCAUGCCACCACCGCCACCUGGUGGAGGAAUGGUGAUGAUGCAGCUCAGUGUACCCAACAAUCCACAGUCUCGUGCCCAUUCACCCCCACAGUGGAAACAAAACAAAUAUUACUGUGACCACCAGAGAGGACAAAAGUGUGUGGAAUUUAGCAAUGUGGACAAUAUUGUCCAGCACAGCCCUCAACUCAGCAGCCCCAUCAUUUCACCAGCACAAUCACCAGCACCAGCUCAGCUGUCCACUCUGAAAACUAUACGUCCCUCUGGACCACCACUUUCCAUCAUGCCCCAGUUUUCUAGACCUUUUGUCCCUGGGCAGGGAGAUGCCAGGUUUCCAUUACUUGGCCAGCCACUGCAGUACAACCCUCCCACUGUUCUGCAUGGACACAUUCCAAAUCAACAGGGUCAGUCUAGCAGCAGGCAUGGAAACCGAGGAAGGAGACAAGCUAAGAAAGCUGCGUCCACGGACCUUGGAGCAGGAGAAGCAGUUGUUGGGAAGGUCUUGGAAAUUACUGAACUACCAGAUGGAAUAACUCGCAUGGAAGCUGAGAAGCUUUUUGGGGAACUCUUUAAAAUUGGGGCCAAGAUCCGGUGGCUCCGGGACCCUCAGUCCCAGCCCCAACUGCGUCGUCAUCCCCUCUGCUGUGGCAGCGGAGACAGCACUGUCAACCCUGAACGCUCUAAACCCAGUGACUUGGCCUCUACGUACACCGUCUUAGCCACAUUCCCCUCCAUUUCAGCUGCACAGAGUGCAUUGAAGAAACAAAUUAACUCGGUUAACAAGUUUAAGCUGAGAACAAGCAAGAAGCACUAUGACUUUCACAUUUUGGAAAGGGCAAGUUCUCAGUAACAGAGCCACUUUUGGACCCUUCAGUCUAAGGUUCCCCCGCCCUCUCCCAUCUCUGAUUGGCUUGGUAAUUGGAGCUUCUGUUAACAUUAUAGAGACUCCUAGGAUGUGUGGUCAUGGUGUUAUAGCUUUUGAAGGCCAGUAAUUCAGCAAAGCGGGGGUGGGGGGGAGAUGCAUAUUUUACCCCACUGACUAUAGGAAUCCACACAUGAAUAAUACAGAGUUAGCAGCAUUUUCUAAAGAAAUGCUGUUCAAAUGCCUCCUAACUUUUAUAGUUAUUUUGUUUUAUAUUUCUGAAUUCUUGUAUCAGAUCCAAAGCUCUAUUGUACAGCAAAUUAUUCUUCAAAGUGAUUCCAAACAGUUGCAACCUAUAUUUCUUUUUGCAGCCAGCACAAUGUGACCCAACUUAGAUGUGGAGGGGGGAGAAGAAUGCAGAAAUGGAAUAAUGAAGUCAAAACCACGUACUGUCCUUUUGCGGGGCUGAGGGUGCUAAGGAGAGUCCACAAAUAGAUUACUCUUCCCCUGAAUCUCUAAACACAGAAAUAUUUUCCAGAAAAUACAGAACUCCCCCAAAGGAUCCUUUCCUUAUUCAUUUAGGUAGUAUGAACAUUAAGUGUAAAGUAAAUUAUGUUAUAAUGCCUCUUAAUCAAACCACUUACAUUCAAGGGGGAAUAGGAAUCAUACUAGGCAGGAAAUACUUCUACUUUUUUUUUCUUUUUUAAUGUCCCUCCAAAACCAAAUGCCACUUACCUGCAUUCCCCUCCUUGUGGAAUUUUUAUCAUCUAAAGAAAUGCAUCUGAUGAGUGCUGGAAACUUCUUAAGUGGUUUAAAUUUUGUUCUCAUUGUUUGCAGCAGAUUACUGGACAUCAAAUAUUCAUUGCACUUAUGAACAGGGAACCUUCUUUUCAAUUUCUGUGUAAUUUGCAAGGCUGUACAAUGUGCUGAUGCAAGCCUUUUUCAGUUCAAGAAAAUAAAUGUUUACAAGUAUAGGCCCACUUUGUCCUUUUUUAAAUUAAAAAUAUCUGUAUAAUGAGACAACUAAAGAAAGAACAUUAUCUUUGGCUAGAUAAAUAAUUUGUUUGUAGCUUAUGUAUUUUGCACCUAGUUAUGCAGCUAAGUUCAAAUACUUUCUCCAUUGGUCAACCAAGCAGAGAAAUCUAAAAGUUGGGGUCUGGCAGCUGUGACAUGCCUGUAACCUGAUUUGCAUCUAGCCCAGACUAGGAUUUUACUGUGAGACUGAAGAGCAACGGGUGUCUCUAGACUCUGAUGCAGGUGCGCACUCAUUUGAGAAUUUGCAAAGUCCCCCUUGGUCCCAGAAGCACCAAGUGGCUAACAUUUGUAAUCCUAGCUGCUCAGGAAACAGAGAUCUGGAGGAUCAUGGUUGGAAGCCAGCCCAAGGCAAAGAGUAUGCAA